AUGAAUAAUAAAAAAACGAAUUUUUUUGUAAAAAUUCUAUGGAGUAUAUUUUUUCUUUAUAUAUAUAUGAUAAGAAUAACGAGAUGUGAUGAAGAUGUUAUUGAGUUAAAAAAUAAUUAUAUUGAAGGUAUAGUAAAGGGGGAUGCUGACUUGUUAUUUAAUUGUACAAUAUAUUUAGAUUCAGAUACUUAUGUAAGUCCAAAGAGUGAUGGUAAAUUUCUUUUUAAGAAUGUAAAAGAAGGAGAAUAUACCAUGUAUGUAAAUCAUCCAUAUUUAGAAUUUAAUAAAUAUUAUGUUGAAGUGAAGAAACAAAUUACACGAAAUAACGGUACCUUAUAUUUAGUACAAGCAUAUGAACUUAAUUUACCAUUUGAGAAAAGCAAUUUAAUUGUUAAUAAUAUUGUGUUUAAAGCAAAAAGGAUUUAUGAUUUUCUUAUUCCCAAAAAAAAAUUUAAUGUUACUUAUCUUUUUAAAAGUCCUCUUUUCCUUAUUUUCCUUUUCUUCUUGAUUUUGUUAAGUGUCCUACCAAAGAUGCAAAAAAUAUCUGAAGCUGCAAAUGAAGAAAAUGAAACAGAGCAAAUAUCGUAUAAAUCGGAUUUUUUAGAAUCAAUAAAAUGA